CACACACACACACACACACACAAGAGCACACCCAUCUCGUUUGUACAGUACCUCCCCUCCCGCUCCUGGGGUCCGAUUGCUCUUCCCCCUUGCUCUUUGGUUCGCCUGCCCCGGACAUCUUCACUCCGCAGCCUGUGAUACCAACAGCCAUGGGCGUUCUGAACUUGGUCGAUCUUUUGACAAAAAGGGCUCAACGUUCGACAGUCCCCCACCAUCGUCCCAUGCCCUCCGACGCCAAGCCCUACGUCCUGCCGAUUGAUUUGAACAACUUUCUCAACGAGAUGAUCCGAAGCAACUUCCUCUAUCACAAACAGACUCGAAGCAUCGGCUACACUCCCCGGCUCAUUGGUCCCUAUCUGGAUGCGCUUAUCAUGUGGCUGCAUACACAGGCCGUGUACCCCAUCUUCGUGGCCGACGGCCCGAAGGCACCAGAGAAGGAGGCCACCUCGGAAAUGCGCUUCAAGAGCAAGGUCGGCAAGCUUCGGCCCAGACAACUGUCCUACCUUUCGGUGUAUCAGGAUGCCACCCGGGGCGGCCCGUCCACCGGCUCCGCCAAUGCCGGCCCCAAUGCCCCUCGACCCCGGCGGGUUGACCAGGACCACAUCGAUCGGCACUUGCGUGGCACGCAGCAUCUGCCGACCUGCCACCCGAGGACCCUGGUACCCACCCACAACGGCUGCACCAAGGAACGCUGCAUGAUUGGUUGCCAAAUUUGCUGCUUCAAAAGCCGGCGGUCCAAUCCCUGGAAACACGCUGUGGACAUGGCGAACGAUCCAUUCACCUGCAGCGUGGACUUGGCAAAUGUCUGGGCAAUCACCCAGGGGCAUCUGUUGGCCCGGGCACGCCAGGCCCCCCUCCGUCUGGCUUUCAUCGGGUCCUUCACCGAGGCCGAUGACAUUCUCGUGCUCUUGAGCCUGCACUUCCGGGUGCCUGUACUCAGCAAUGACUCGGACUUCUUUGUCCAUGGGUAUGGGCAGACACGGGUGUCUUCCCUUUUCCAGAGCCAAUUCCUCCUGUCCGGCAAUUCCCCCGGGACCGGGCCAUCCUUCAGGACCUCCGGCCAGCGCUUCGAGCCGAAAACCCUCCUUACCUCGGACAUGGCGGCCUUCUUCCAAACCACCGUGACGAAGCUCUGCUGGCUGCCGCUCAUUCUUGGCUCGGAUCUCGGGCCGCCGGAUUGGCGGAUCCGCAAGUUCAUCGAAAGCGACACGCAGUUCGCCCCCUUGGCCAACUCCCUGAGGUCAUAUUUCAACUGCGUCGACAAGUGCUUCCAGGAUGUUCGCCAGCCCCACGUCCCGGGGCAGGCCCCCGCCAUCAAAGACAACUGGCGUGAGACCAUUCUCAACUCCGGCUUGGACAUCGACCAGAUCAUCCGCCUGUUGGGGUCCCUUCCGGAGCCCGAUGCCUUGGAGGCCGUGGACUCGGCCGGCGCCCGGCGGAGCUUGCCCUUCUUCCGGUCGGGCAUCGCGCCCUCCCGAUCCCGGUCCCUGUCGCACCUGGUGCCCGCCCUGCAGGACCUCCGCCGUUGCAGCGGCCCGGGGGUCCUGCUGCUUCGUGCCAAAUACCGCGAGGAGCUUGCCGGCAGGCAGCCCUCCCAGGAACCGAUCAACCCCUUGCACAAGGUGAAGUCCCUUCGCGACGGGGUGCUCCUUUGCCUGGGGAUUUCCACCGCCGGCCUGUGCACUCCCGACAGCGUGGUCCUUUCGUCCUUCAGCAAGGAGCUCGAGGACUUCCUGCAUGCUGACAGCUCUUUCGACAAAUCCAACCUCUGGUGCCUCUCCUCGGAGCGUGCUCCGCCGCGGCUCCCUCGCGCAGACGAUGCAGCCGGCGGGCUCGCCGAGGACGCUCCGGUCGGGCCGCCUCCGGCCGUCGCCUCGAAUGCCAGCAACGGCCGGCGCCCCGGCGGCCGGGCGGCUGCUCCUGCCGGUGGCGGCGCAUCGGGCGCCGAGGCCAGCACCGCAAGCGCCGGCCCGCCCCAACCACCCGCCCAUAGGGCCAAGUGCCGCUGCCGCGAGGCGCCUUACCUGUCGAUUCCGCUUCUUCAUGAGGGGCUCUACUUGCCGCUCACCGUGCAGGCCUUCUUCAUCUCGCGCGUGGGCUCGACCGCGGCUCCCGGCUUGACGGUGGCCGAUGUGUUUUUGGCCAAAUUGGACGAUGCCGAUGGCUACCGGGCUGCCUCCUUGCCCCUGCUGCCGCAGUUCAGCCUCAGGGACGAUUUGAGUGUUUGGGCGCCAUCCUGGCCCAUUCGCUUCCUGCUGUAUGCCCUGCUGUCCCACGGCAAGGAAGGCCUCCAGGGCCCGGCCGUGAGGAAGGUCAUCGAAUUUUACGACCCGCCGGUCCGACUCGACGGUCAGAAGGUCCUCCCCUCUACCAAGAAGAGCCAAGACUAUCUGCUGAAGGGGCUGUCCGGUGAAAUUGUGCCCCUCCUUCGGGCCGUCGAUGUGGCCUUGGCCGAUGAUGCCCCGGGCUCAUCGCUGGCCCUCGACCGGAUCCUGCUGACAGCCGUCCUGCUGUCGAGCCGCCCCUCUCGAGCCGCCCCGGGCGAGCAACUGUUCGACACCCAAUCCCGGACCAUCCUCCUCCGGCACAUGGCUCUCCUGGUGAAUGCCCUGCUCCAUGGCAAGACCAUGGCCCAGGCUGGCAAUCACGAGGAAGACCUCGACGCCAUUCGCCGGAAGGUUGUCCGCGUGCUGCCCUCCCCCGACCCCGGCACCCCGCCUGCUGCCAAUGGCCGGGCCCUUCUGCACGAUGUGCUGGCAAGUUGCCUGUCGCCCGUCCCACCAGCACCAAGCCCGCCGCAAGGCCCACCCUCCGGGCAGCUGGAUGCCCCCUCGCCGGCCAGGCUCUCGACCUUUUCGUCGGACAUCGCCACGGUCAGUUCAUGGCUGGAUCUCUAUUCGGUCCUGGCCGGCCGCCAGCUGCUGUUGGAUACGCAGCACGUCCAUUCCGAGCGGGAUUGCCCUUUCGUGCUUGCUCGGCCGGCUAAGAUUGGCGACUACCAGCCCUCCUCUCGCUCAAUCAUGGUUGCCACCCUGCUUCAGAUCCUUGCACAGAGGGGUCUCUGAGAGGGGCCUGCGAAAUGCCCAAUUGGCCAGGCGUCCCUGCGAAGGGUGACCACACGAGGCGCGGGGGGCGACACGCCCAUCCUCCCCUCUCCCUCCCCCCCCUCCCCCCUCUCGCCUCCUGUCUCUCAAGCGCAAAGCGCCCCCUCCUCUUGCCAAUACAAAUGUCACAAAACGAGUGGCAUCCCUUCACAGGUGU